CACUAUUUUCAUUUCUCAAAGAUCUGCAACGCCAAUCUCUUGUUUCUCGCUCUAAAAGCUCUCUCUCUUUCUCUCUCUCGCUCGCUCGCUCGCUCGCUCUCUAUCCAAGCGCCAUGAGCGACCCCAUUGAACCAUCAACAUCUUCGACGUCCUCAGCGAAAGACCCGAACACGGUCUCUCUUCUACACCCUCGGCGGGAGCCGUUCGAGCAUGGCCUCCUCCCAAUCCCGAAGCUCAUCUUCACCGACCCGACCCAAACUCUAAUCCCCCUCAAGCAGACCCUCCUCUCCUCCUCCUCCGCCGAGACGAAUCGCCGGGUCGACUCGGCCGCGCUCUCCGAGGCCCUCCAGAUCUCCCCGGCCCACGCGCGUCUCGUCCUCGACACCCUCGCCUCCAUCCUGCACUCCGACUCCGACCCCCUUGUCCGCUCCAGACCAGACGAGAUUGACUCCGCCGGCGCCGAUGUCCAUGAUCUGGUCCUCUUCCUCUACAUCCAGUCCUACAAGAAGCUGCUCCCCAGGACGCACAAGGACUCCGCCUCCGUCGCCGACGUCUGGCCCUCCACCUCCGCCUUCGAUGGCUACUUGUCCGCCCUCUCGCCGCUCCAGCUCGUACGUAGCAACAGCCGUCGGUUUAUUCCAUCACAGUCUGAUGAAGAGGCUCAUCAGUUGUCAUAUCUACAAAAGCACUUGGCUAACAUUCUCUCUCUCUUAGCAGAGCCUGUGGAGGGGGACGGGGAAGAAUCCCUGGUUUUGACUAUGGAUAGAUUCGAGCACCUUGGGUUUCUGAUUCAAUUUGGUGAUAAGGGAUAUGAAGGAAAUCAGUUGAGCCAACAUGCUCCAUUUUUUGCAAAUUCAGAUCCCGACAUGCCUGCUGUACCUGUUCCUGCAGCACAAGUUCAUGAUUGGCUUCUACAGAAUAUAGCUUCUGCUUUGGAACAUAUUUCGGAAAGAACUUCUGCAAAAGAAAAUGGCCCAUCAAGUGCCUCUGAUCAGGAUGUUGCUAUGGCCGAUGCCUGCACAACUUUAAUCAAGGCCUCACCAAGUGCUAGAGGUCCAAGUUUUAUUGAAGGGGUCUCGAAAUCAUCACUUGUAAAGCAUGCAUCUGAUCUUAAAGGUUCUUCUGUAAAGGUCCUAAAUUGUCAUGAUUCUGUCAUUUACGUCUUAGCACCUUUGAGAUACGCCACCAUUUACGGAAGCUCUGAUACUACUAUAGUUCUUGGAGCAGUUGGCAAGGCUGUAAGAGUUGAACAUUGUGAACGAGUUCAUGUGAUUACAGCAGCAAAGCGAAUCAGCAUUGCAAAUUGCCGCGAAUGUGUGUUCUUUUUGGGGGUAAACCAGCGACCGCUCAUUGUUGGCGAUAACCAUAAGCUGCAGGUGGCACCAUACAAUACAUUUUACUCUCAAUUGGAGGAGCACAUGAAUGAAGUUGGUGUCGAGGCUAAAACCAAUAAAUGGGAUGAACCCCUGGCACUUGGAGUGGUUGAUCCACAUGAUUCAUUGUCUCAUCCUGCGGGUGUCUCUGAUGCGCAGGCCGAGUCCGCUACACGCAUGGACCCUGACCAGUUCACAAAAUUUUUGAUUCCUGACUGGUUUGGUGAUGAAUCCUCUGGGUCUACAAAAGACAACCCAUUCCUAUUACCAGAUGCUUAUUUGGUGUCUCAACAGAGAAAUCAAAAGAAUUUAGGGGAGAUCAAACAAUUAUUGAGGGAAGCACCCCUUGAAGAAAAUCGGAAACGAGAGUUAUCAUCUGCACUCCAUGUAUAUUUCAAAGACUGGUUAUAUGCUUCGGGCAACAUCCGCCAGCUGUACUGCCUACAAGGUGACUAAUAUAUUAUGAUGAUGCUGUGGCACAGUUGAGGAUGGUACAGAAGUAAGUUCUCUGGUUUUCAUUUUCGACCCUCACCAAGUUCCUGUAGCCAUUUCUGGUGGUACUGCAGGCAGCAGAGAAUCAACCCUAUGUACUUCAGAAUGCUAAAGCCAUAUGUGCAUUGACACUGGUGCAGAGGAUGAAAAUUCAAGAUACAUUUGCUAAUCUCAUUGUAAUAUUUUAUUUUUGAGAAAAGAAAGUCUUAAAUGUAUUUUGUUAACCUAGGUUCACAGCUUUGUAUUAUUAUUAUUAUUAUUUUUUUAUGUAUCCCCUCGUGGUCUAGCAUGCUGAAUUUUUAAAAGCUUUUAAGUUUUGCCCAUUUGUCGUGAGGUUCUGAGUCUA